AUGUCACCCAAAAAAGUAAUUAAGACUAAAGCAUCAACUUCUAUUAUAAAUGAAAUUGAUAUGAAUAUCAAAACUACUAAUCAAAAACGAAGGAUGAAAGUGAUGCGAUGGCUUCCGGAAAAAAAGUAUUUAACAGUUCGUAAAGGUAAAGCUGCUGGUUCAUCAAAAAAAGACUCAGAAAAAGAAAUUAAAGCUAAAGGUGAUCACAAUUUGUCCGAAGGUAAAAAUCUAGCUGAUAGUAAACAAAAUAGUACAACAACAAAAAAAGGAGUAAUAAAACAGCCCACUUCAUCAUCAAGUAACAACUCAGUGACUUAA